AUGAGUAGAAAUUACACAACGUCUAAUCAAAGAGGUAAUCACAGAGGGCUUGGUCCACCCUGGUCUCCUCGGAGGCAGCAAAGCAAUCGACCUCGACAUAAUUUCCCUCACCGCAAUUUUCAGUCCAAUCUAAAUAACCACCACAACACCGAUGCUCCUGCGCAUUUCAUGAAUAGCUAUCCUGGCAACGGACCCUCUAACUAUAAUAAUAAGCAGUAUAAAGGAAGCGAUAGUUCAAACCACUCGUCUGUUCAUAACCACAAUACUUUGAGUUCUACAGCGUCCUGCAUAAUGUCUCCGGCACAACAAUCUUUAUUUAAACGAAAUAGCGAGACAUUUGGUGGAGUUGCCUCACCUAAUUUGGUAUCUAUUCCAGAAGCCUCAAAGAUAAGAUACCUUGAUGCUCUCUCAGUUCAAAUUUGGCAGUUAUUUAUAGAAAAGCGUCAAACUCCUGCCACCUAUGCCAAGAAAUCACAUUUUAAAAAUGCUUUGCAUAUGAUUAUUUCCUCCGUAUUCGAAAAUUCAAAAAUUUACCUAGUAGGAUCCUCAUUAAAUGGAUUUGGUUCAGAUAGCAGUGAUGCAGAUAUGUGUCUUGUUGUUUCCUCUAAAGAAUUGCAGGGAAAACGGGACGCUUCUGCUAUUCUUCAGCAUCUUAUGACUCCUCUUCGCAAAUGCAGUUUUAUCAAACAAUGCAACCUCAUUCAAGCCAAGGUACCAAUUCUCAAGUUUUGCGAUAAUCUCUCCGGCAUUGAAUGUGAUCUGAAUGUAAAUAAUGUUAUCGGAGUCUACAAUACGCAUCUACUUGCUAUGUAUUCUCGAGUUGAUUGGAGGCUACGGCCUUUAGGCCUAUUUGUAAAGCACUGGGCGCAGAAGAUGGAUAUUCAUGAUGGGAGUCGUGGACGCCUUUCUACUUAUCCUCUUAUGUUAAUGCUCAUCCAAUUCCUUCAAUGUGGUUCUAAUCCCCCUGUUUUGCCCAAUCUCCACGAACGAUUUCCGAAAAUCUUCAACUAUGACCGACCCUUGAAAGAGGUUGAUAUGCGUUUGCAGCUUCCAUGGGCUGAAUUGGCCAGUGCAAACACUUCUACGCUGAGUGAACUCUUUGUUGGAUUUAUUAGUUACUACAAUCAUUUUGAUUUUGGAAAUUGGGCCAUCUCAGUGAGGUACGGUCAUCCUAUCCCAAUUGAUGUGGCUAUUAGAAACCUUCCUCCUCACGAAAGGGCCAAUACUUCGGCGUCUUAUAAGAUUUUUGUUGAAGAACCUUUUUGCCAAUCAAAUGCUGCACGUUCACUGUAUGAUGAAACAAUGCUUGCUCAGAUUCAACGUGUCUUCGCGCGAACAUUCAGAGUUCUUCAAUGCCAAAAAGCUCCGUUGCAUUCCUUGUGGACCUGA